GAGGCAGCCAGAUCCACAAUCAUGUGAGGAAGGAAUGUCUCGUGUACAAUUUUUUUUUCUGGCCACGCUGCAUGUGGGAUCUUAAUUCCCCAACCAGUUAUCAAACCACACUCCCUGCAUUAGAAUCGUGGAGUCUUAGUCACUGAACUGUCGGGGAAGUCCCUCAUGUACACCUUUAAAAGACUCCUGGUGGGAAUUCCCUGGAGGUCCAGUGGUUAGGACUCCAGGCUCUUAAACUGCGAAGGGCUGGGGUUUGAUCCCUGGUCAGAGAAAUAAGAUCCCACAUGCUACAAGGCAAGGGAAAACUCAGGACGGUCAAGGGUGGAAAUGGGUCCAGGAACAGUGACAUGACAGGCAAUGGCAGCCCGGACUAGGCAGGAGAGAAGUUGUGAGCCCUGCGCAGUAUUUUGGGGGUAGAGCCAACGAGGUGGAGUUAGACGCCAGAAAUGCUGGAACGAGGAGGUCACAGAGAGCAUCAAACGUGGGCGGAGAGGGAGCAACUACAGGGAGAGCUGAUGUGGGGCGGGCCGACUUGACAUCCUUCUGAAGAGGAGGCCUAGGGCGCAGGAGUCCGGAACUCUCGAGCUGCAGCCGUUUGUGAGGGAGAGAGCUCCACGAGUCCGAAGAGUUGCUGCCCGCAGCCCGGCUGGCAGGCAAGACGCUGGCGUGUGGGGAACCGGCAGGGGCGGGGCCCAGGUCGCACUGCGCAGGCGCCGAGCUUACCGUUUCCAUGGUGGCGAGGACUCACGCGCAGCCACCGCUCUGCAACCGUAGAGUCCCAGACUUCGGCCCCGCGGGAGACCGUGGUCCCCGAGCGUGUCAGCAGCAUCGCCACCCCAGAGCCAGCUGCUGCCCGUGGAGAGCCAGACCCCACCUUCACGCUCUCGGUCCGUUGCGGAGACAUGGGCGACCUGGAGCUGCUGCUGCCGGGCGAGGCUGACGUGCUAGUGCGGGGACUGCGCAGCUUACAGCUGCGCGAUAUGGGCUCCAGAGGGUGGAACCAGCAGCAUGAGAACCUGGAGAAACUGAACAUGCAGGCCAUCCUCGAUGCCACGGCCGGCCAGGGCGAGCCCAUCCAGGAGCUGCUGGUCACCCAUGGGAAGAUCCCGACACUGGUGGAAGAGCUGAUUGCAGUGGAGAUGUGGAAGCAGAAGGUAUUCCCUGUGCUGUGCAAGCUGGAGGACUUCAAGCCCCAGAACACAUUUCCCAUCUACAUAGUGUUACACCAUGAAGCCUCCAUCAUCAACCUCCUGGAGACAGUGUUCUUCCACAAGGAGGUGUGCGAGUCAGCGAAGGACACCGUCUUGGACCUGGUGGACUAUUGCCACCGCAAACUGACUCUCCUGGUGGCCCAGGGUGGCCGUGGUGCUCCCCCUGAGGAGGAGUCCCAGCACAGCACCCCCAUGCAGGAGCUGCAGAAGCAGGCAGAGCUGAUGGAAUUUGAGAUCGCACUGAAGGCCCUCUCAGUGUUGCGCUACAUUACAGACUGUGUGGACAGGUGGGCAACCCAGCCAGGCCUGGGGCCUGCACUGGGUCAUUCAAAGUGCAUGCAAUACCUGCACCCCAUAUGUUGGUUCCUCUUCCCAGGCAAGCUGCAGCAAUUUGAGAGUGGCCGUUGGCAGACAGUGACCCCCUCGGAGCAGCAAAAGCUGAGCAAGUUGGAUGGGCAGGUGUGGAUCACUCUAUACAACCUGCUGUUAAGCCCUGAGGCCCGGGCCCGCUACUGCCUCACAAGCUUUGCCAAAGGACAGCUACUCAAGCUCCGGGCUUUCCUCACAGACACACUGCUGGACCAGCUGCCCAGCCUGGCAGACCUGCAAGCUUUCCUGGCCCACCUGGCCCUGACUGAAGCCCAGCCCCCUAAAAAGGACCUGGUGUUGGAACAGAUCCCAGAAAUCUGGGAGCGGCUAGAGCGAGAGAACAAAGGCAAGUGGCAGGCUAUCGCCAAGCAUCAGCUGCGGCAGGUAUUCAGCCCCUCGGAGCAGGACCUGAGGCUGCAGGCACGCAGGUGGGCUAAGAUCUACAGGCUGGAUGUGCUCGAGGCAGUGGCUCCAGAGCGGCCCCGCUGUGCCUCGUGCAGUGCAGAGGCCUCCAAGCGUUGCUCCCGGUGCCAGAAUGAGUGGUAUUGCUGCAGGGAGUGCCAAGUCAAGCACUGGGAGACGCAUGGAAAGGCUUGUGUCCUGGCGGCCCAGGGGGACAGAGCCAAGUGAAGGCUGCAGCUGCUGAGGGCCAACCACCCAUGCUGUACAACCCACUCGAGUGUCCCCCCCGCAAACCUCUGGAUCUCAAUCUGGCCUCUGCAAGUGCCCCAGCCUCCCGGGUGGUGAGGAUAGCAGGCGGGAAGAGCUGUUGACCCAUCUCCCCCCAGCUAAGCGCUCCCCACUUCCUGCACUAUCAGGCGGGUUGGCUUAGGGUGCAGCCUCCCCAAGCUGGGGCAGAAGGCCUGGGCGGGGGGGACAAGGGCCGGAUGUGGGGACCCUCUUCCUCUA